GUGAUUGUCAUAUUGCGAGCCCUAUCCGCCGCCAGGUGCGUGAGCAAGGAAGCGACAUCGGAUCCCCUGACCCCGCGGCAGCCGGCGCCAGGUGCUGUUCUCCGGCGGCAGGCGAGGGCGCUGACUCUCUGGGCGAAAGCAGCAAGCUCCCGAAGAGCGCCGCCCUCCUCUUCGCCGUCUUCAUCGCCGCCACUCUCCUCGUCCGCGAUUACAAGGGUCAAGCUGCUGUGAGAUGGAUAUUUUGUAUCUGUGCAAGGAUGUCUUAAAGAUUCAGAAGUUUAGGCGGCUGGCUUCUUAUGCUGGAUUCUAUUCAUUCACUACCCUCGUUACCUAUGCUUACACAAGCAAUACGACAAGGGCUGGUAUUUCGAGGGCUGAUCAGUAUUAUGCCGCCUACCCUUCUGGUACUGAGUUACUCACUGACACUGCAAAGCUUUACAAGGCCGCAUUGGGUAAUUGUUUUGAAAUAGACGACUGGGGUCCAAUAGAAUUCUCCAUCAUGGCAAAGCAUUUUGACCGGCAAGGCAAACCACCGUAUGCUUACCAUGCUCAAUACAUGUCACACGUUCUAUCCCAUGGACAGCUCGAUGGAAGUGGUUAACUGCAGGGAUGUGUUCUGUUAGAUUCUCUCGAGGCUUGUUUGUAGUCCUUCAGCUGUAGUUGUAAGAAAGAGAUGGCUCGCUGAAAUCCUAAAUUGUGCUGGUCUGUGAUGACGAUGACAGAGUUGAAAUCGUAGAUGCUGAGCUGUUGCAAUAUCAACAUAUUAUUAGUUAAAACCGUGGUGGAAUUUUCCCAUGAAUAAUCAUGGUUGCACCUAGUUGAAGCAGAAUUUUCUCAUGAAUAA